AUCAACUUCUUAUUUAAAAUUGAGUUCACAUGACAGAUACAGUAUAGUCUGCUUAGCGUCGAGUUGUAAUUAAUACAGAACCAUAAAGGUCAAGUACUUCGUCAUGAAUCUACCGUAAGGAAUGACAGAGAACCAUGAGGGAUAACAUUAACACAGACACUGUACCAGACACUGGUAUAAUAACAGUGGAGACAGAGGAGGUAGACGAGAUCCACUUUGGACACAUUCCCCAAACUCCCUCACACAGCUGGCCAAAAGCAAUAGGAAUUGUACAGAUUUGCAGUGGAUUUCUUACUACUAUAUUAGCUGUAUUGGAGAUUUUUUAUUUGCCCCUUGUAAAUGAACUGGAUAAUCCAUACCCUCUGUUCUUGGGACCUAGAAAUUGCUAUGGAGCAGGUCUCCUGGCAGGUGCAUUUAUGGUGUUAUUGGGCAGUACUGCAGUUAGGGCCUCCAUUAGUAAAAGAGCAACCUCGAUAAAGAAGUUUUUUUCCUUGACUUUGUUUACAUUGGUGUUGUACACAGGAAUUACUUUGUUUCUGAUCGUGGGCUAUGCCAAACAUUGGACUUCAAAGGAUGCCAAUAAUGGGGACAAUUAUUUGUAUGAGAUACACAUUUUUGUGACAAUCAGUACUAUCAUGGGACUUAUAUUUGCUGUGACAGCAUUCGUACAGUAUUAUGAACUUGUGUGUUUUGGAGAAUACAACUUACACCAUUCCCUUCUUCUCUGCCUCCUACCCUGUAUAUUUCGAAGACCCCCGAGUCCAUCUCUUGAAAGCCUUGCCAGUAAUCCAAUCUGAUGACAAACAUUUCUUUGGAAAAUGAAUUUUAUUAUUUUCCACUGUCUGCCAAAACUGGCAGUGAUAAUUAGCUUGCUAAAGACCAGGCUAAAAAAUUGCUUCAGCAAAUUUAUAGUGCUUUUCUGAUAUGCAUAAUACAUUACUUGUUUUAACUCUUGCAUUGAUAUCAGUGUAAUAAUGAUUUUCUGCAUUUUAUUUAAAUGAAUAUUUAUUGAAUAUGUGGAGCUCUCUAUUCAGAUGCUCUAGAUUUUUUUUUAUACAGUCUCGUGUUGAAGACCACAGAUACCAAGGAUAUUAAUUUAUUAUUUUGUAAGUAAAGACAAUUUAUGAAAUCAUACACUGUAUGGCAAUUCAAAUUAUACAUAUAUAUUUAUGUAGAUUAUGUACCAUAUUUAUCCAAUUUUGGAUACAGAACUAGUCCAAAUAUGCAUUGUACUAUAAUUUGUGAUUCUGAUAUUUCUUUUUAUAACAUUAUUGUAAUGUACAAUUCUUUUACUAAAAACUUUCUGAAGCACAUGUGUACCAUUUCUAAGAAAGACACAAUGUAAGUGUACAUCUUUCUUUUUAUAAAAGAAACAAGGGCAUUUGAUUUACAGUCUAGUUUUGGCUAUCGUGUUGUGUAUUAUAUGAGAAUAUGUACUAUGCAAAUAAAUGCACCAAAACGUUAAGCUAGAAUCUGUGUAAUAUUACAUGUACAUGUAUAUGAUAUUUUCUUUCUGAAGAAAAAUUGUACCAGUCUCUAUCCUUGAAAAUAUGUAUAACUCGGUUACAGUGAACACACUAAUAAUGAAAUCACAUUAUAGCAAAGUGGUUUUCAUUCCCUGUAUGCUAAAAAAGUAUCAACUUGUUGGAUAUACCAAACUGAUAGAGAAUCAUAUUUGUUCCUGACACUUUGCUUUAAACAUGUUUUACUGUACAUGUGUAUCCACUGUAGUAUGCCUAAUCAAACACUGAUAGAUUAUGUCUGCUACCAAAAUGGUAUUUGAUUAGUGUUUUGUUAUUCUGAUAACCUAUAUAAGCUACACAUGGACUAGGCAGAAUUUUUUUCCAUGUAUAUAGAUCUGAAACUAAUUAAUAUCUCAGUUAUUUGAUGGAGUCACAUUUUGACUCGUGGUGUAAUAUAAUGCCCCAUAAGCUGCUCAUAAACUGCAGGUACUCAGAUUAAACAGUUCUAAAGGUAGCACACAUAUGGGGUAAUUUAUUAGCUGUUACAAUAAUUUGUGAGACUGCAUGUUUGAUUAUUUCAUAAUUUACAUGAAUAAAUAUGAAAUUUUAACAAA